AUGUAUGGUUGCUGUGCAAAAGAAGAAUACUACAUAUGGUUGCUAACUGGUCAAGAUUGCGACAGGGAAAUCAUGGGAUAUGUAAUUGCUUGUGCAAAGGCGCGCCACUUCCGGCCAGGACAUAUGACAGGCGUUCCUGGGCACAUCGAUGCCUGGAUGACCGAAUGGCGGGAUCUGGACACUACGUACACAUGCAGUAGGAGAUGGAAGCUGACCGUCUGGUACGACGGUGAGGGCGGUCGUGUCUGGUACCAGCGAGACAGGGCCGUCUCUGUGCUCAACGGCAGGCGAUUUGCUGGCCUGUCGGUCGUUGGGCAGGGCAGGGCGGCCGAGUAUUCACAGGCUGGGUUUCGUGGAGGUUUGUUGGGCGGCGGCGACUUGGACAAGUUACGGGCAGACAGCCGUGUUGCGCAACUGACGCAAUUGCGAAUGUGUGCUAUUGCUGACUGCUGCUCAAACGAGGCAUCCUCGGGCUUAUCGCAUCGAUGGACGAGUGGCAUCACCGCUCUUGGUCAGGGACGGGAGGGCGUCUGUGGGCGUCGACACGAUCGCGUCGCAGGGGACGGCCGGGUUCAGGCAGGAGGCCGAAUGGAGCUAGCGGCCUAUCGCUCCGAUGUGGGCCGUGAUUGGCCGCCGUUGGAUGCUUAUCUCUGGCAUGAAAUGCAAUUGACACAACACAACAUGGAGCCUCCCACUCGCCAAGCACUCCCGCCCCCAGGCAUGGGCGGACAAUGCCUCCCGUGGCUGCGAGUAAUCAUUCUGAGUCGCCGACAAAGAGCCACGGUGUGA